AUGUCCAACAAGCAUAACAACUACCAUGUCGCCGAUCAUAACGGUCUGACAGCAGCUGGCAGUAGCCCGGGUAGUCUCCCGCCACAUCUGGUAGGCCUGACGAGGAUCCCUGUCAGCUCAUCGUCAUCACCCAGGCAUUCAUCUGGGCUGCAGCCUUCUUUAGGCUACGGACCUGUUCCCCCCGAGUCCACAAGAUCUUUCCUAGCGCCAGAAGAAUAUUCCUCAGAGCAACGAGCCUCACCCGUCAGCGACGCCAUGGGUUCUUUGUACACUUGGUCUAGUGCAUCUGAUGCAGAGAUGCUACGACCUCCGGCCUCAAUGGACCCUAUCAUUUGCUCUGCUACUUCUUCGCCCUUCAUGCAGUCUUACUUCACAUUCGACUCCCCUCAGACCUCUCUAGGUCAACUUCUGCCACCAACAUCUGGCUAUACCCCCGAGGACAUAAAUCAGUGGUGCAUCAAUAGCCAUUCCACAGGCACCUUCCAACCAACAGCAUCCUACCCGCAUUACCAUCAACCUGGAACACCAGAAAUGCCCCAGACUGACUAUGCAUCUCUUAACGAUAACAUAAACACCUCCACACAAUGGUUUAGUGUCCCAAACACCGACGGCUAUCUCUCCCCUCACUCUGUCCCUGCGGUCCCAAUCUCGGUUUCAGCCCCAUCUUCCGCCCUCGAUACCAACUCGCUAUUGGGUACCUCUCCAACCCCAACCACUAUUUCUGACCUCGACACCCCAAUACCCAAUCUUCAGUAUAACUCUCCACCGAACAACCCAGCCGAUCUAACCCGCUAUGGAAUCCCAGCGGGUGAUGGUACUUGGCGCUGCGCCCACCCGGGCUGCACGUCUCGGACCUCCUUUCGACGUGGCUGUGAUCUGCGUAAGCAUUUCAACCGUCAUCGGAAGCACCUAUUCUGUCGACAUGAGGGUUGUCCACAGUCUAGACAGGGCGGGUUUUCUAGUAAGAAAGACCGCGCACGUCAUGAAGCCAGACAUAAUCCCGGUGUUGUCUGCGAAUGGGAAGGAUGUGGUCGGGUGUUUAGUCGGGUGGACAAUAUGAGAGAUCAUUUGCGGAGGAUUCACCGUCGGGGUGUCAGCGAUUGA